GACAGCAGUUUUAUCCUGGCCAACGCAAGGGUGGUGGACUACCCUAUCGUCUAUAGCAAUGAUGGGUUUUGUAAGAUGACGGGUUUCAACAGAGCGGAUUGUAUGCAGAGGAGUAGUACCAUCAAUUUCAUGUACGGCGAAUUGACCAAUCAGGAUGGAGUCAAAGCAGUACAGGAGGCGUUUGAAAAACAAGAGGCGGUACAGGUCGAGUUACUCAUAUACAAAAAGAGCAGGACACCGAUGUGGACCUUGGUUCAAAUAGCUCCAGUCAAAGAUGACAGGGAUCAAGUGGUCUUAUUCCUCUGUGUAUUCAAAGACAUCACAGCACUCAAGCAGCCAAUUGAAGAUGACUCCGCUAAGGGUGUUGGUCGUUUCGCCAAGCUAGCACGGACAGUCACACGUAGUCGAUCUGUGUUAGUACAGGUCGCUCAACAUUUACCAAAUAUGAAACAAGAGCAAACCAAACAGGCACAGAUUUCACAAAUUUCACAUAUGAUGAGCCUUGAUGCUGAGGUCCUACCGCAGUACAAGCGCGAAGCGCCCAAGACACCUCCACAUAUCAUCCUGCAUUACUGCACAUUUAAGACUAUAUGGGACUGGGUGAUUCUAGUGCUGACUUUCUACACAGCAGUUGCAGUGCCUUUCAAUGUGACCUUCACCUAUUCUACUAACAAUGAAUACAUUACACUUGUAGUUAUCGACGGUAUCGUCGAUAUCGUCUUCUUUAUCGAUGUCAUCCUCAACUUCCACACGACGUUCGUUGGACCUGCGGGCGAGGUCGUGUCAGAGCCCAAAAUCAUACGCAUGAAUUAUCUCAAAUCUUGGUUUAUAAUCGAUCUCCUAUCGUGCCUCCCUUAUGACGUCAUCAACGCAUUUCAAAAUUCUAGUAAUAACAAAAUCAGUGGAAUAUUCAGUGCCCUGAAAGUAGCUCGACUCCUACGACUGGGGCGCGUGGUGAGGAAACUCGACCACUACAUCGAGUACGGUCUCGCCUUCCUCAUCCUUCUCAUGUUAAGUUUCGUCCUGGUCGCCCACUGGUUCGCCUGCAUAUGGUACACUAUCGGACGAGGGGCCCUCGCCCAAAACGACACCAACUCGUGGCUUUACAAGUUCGGCAACGACAUGCAGGAUCCUUACAAGAUCUUUGAGAACGGAACGAUCGCAAAUGGACCCGAUGUCGGUAUGGAAUAUGUAUCAGCGAUGUACUACACAAUGAGCAGUCUUACCAGCGUUGGAUUUGGGAACGUGUCUGCUUAUACCACCUACGAACGCCUUUUUACCAUUGGGAUGAUGAUUAUUGGAUCUCUGCUCUACGCCUGUAUCUUUGGUAACGUGACAACCAUCUACCAGCAGUUCACCUCAAAUACAGCCCGCUAUCACGACAUGCUACAGAAUGUCAAAGAGUUUAUGAAGCUACAUGGAGUUAGUAAACCGCUCACUGAACGCGUGCUCGAUUACGUCAUCUCAACGUGGUCAAUGUCAAAGGGCAUUGACACAGAAAAGGUGUUAAGUUACUGUCCCAAGGACAUGAAAGCAGACGUCUGCGUUCAUCUCAACCGGCGCGUCUUCAACGAACACCCGUCCUUUCGUCUGGCCAGUGAAGGAUGUUUGAGGGCGCUUGCCAUAAGCUUUCAGAUGAGCCACAGUGCACCAGGUGAUCUGUUAGUCCACAGUGGUGAAAGCAUUGACUCACUUUGCUUCGUAGUCGCUGGCUCACUGGAGGUGGUUCAAGAUGACGAAGUGGUUGCUAUCCUUAGUAAGGGUGAUGUCUUUGGAGAUGCAUUCUGGAAAGAGCCCAACCUAGGACAGUCUGCAGCCAAUGUCAAAUCGUUGACAUACUGUGAUCUUCAUAGCAUCAAGAGAGACGAUCUUCUCGAUGUCCUCGAUUUCUACACGCAAUUUUCUACAUCGUUCGCUCGUAAUAUGGUGCUUACUUACAAUCUCAGACGCAGGCUAAUUUUCCGAAAAGUAGCAGAUGUCAAACGGGAACAGGAAGAGGCAGAGAAACGGAAGAACGAGCCUCCAAUCCCAGCUGAUCAUCCUGUUAGAAAGAUGCUCAAUAAAUUCCGGAAACUCAGUGACGUACCCGAUAAAAAGCCUCCUACGUCGACGAUAAGAAAAUCAAGAGGUGAAACAAAGGACGUUGAAAAGGGAGACUCACAUGCUUUGAGCAGAGUUCCUGAGCAUCAAACGCCACCGCCUUUAGCAUCGAUUGGGAGAGUGAAGUCGGUGAAAAUGCCAGACGCACCGGUAAAAAGACAAGACAGUACUAAAGAAGUGCCAGAUACCAAAUGGGGCCCGUUAAAGAAGAUUCCUCUUCGAAAAGCAGAAAGCACGGACAGUGGUAUACUCCGAAGUGAACAAAGGCUCGAUGAGAUUGGUAGGAGUGAUAGCAAGGAAGGCAGUAGUUCAGUAAGCGCUGCCAGCUCGGAUCAUCAUCUCUUAUCCAGUCUCAUGGAGAUUAAGAUUGAACUGAAGGAAGAGAUAGAGAACCUGGGGAUGAAGAUGAAUCGCUUAGACGACCAGAUAGCUGACAUCAUCAAAAUAUUCUCACCAGACGUAUCGCAGUACUCGUCCAGUAUGGCCAGCUCUAGUAGUUCACAAAUGGGAUCUUGUAAUGAAGUGCCCUUGAGUUCACCACAGAAGUCACCCAUGGUUGUCCAGGUUAGGGAACAUGGUGAGGCUUCAUCAGACAGUAGCGGUUUGGGUGAGCAACGUAGCUCAAGUGUGACGUCAACGGGUUCGGCAACAUCAAGGCAAACCUUGUCCAGCAAUGGAGGUCGCAGUCCGACAGCGAUGGCCGCGCAUCGAGGGCCUCCUCCUGUAGAGAACACGUUGGACCUCGUUGAACACGAUGCCCAAAUCGAUGCGGGUUCUUUGUCUGAGAUUGAAUCCCCUCCCAGCCCGGGACCAAGAGGCAAUCCAGAAUUCUGAUCUUUCAAACUCUCUAGGAGCAAAAAGAUUGAUGACUCUUUUUUCCAAUGGCCAAAGGAACUUAUGAAAACUUAACUAUAACAAAAAAGAUCCGACCCUUGUUCUUA